AGGAAGUCGAAGAAAAAUAUAGAACGGCCCUCAUUAAAGAAAUCAAACGAUUUCUAUUAGUAACAAUACGAGAAAAUUAUUUUCAAGAAUAUCUUCGACAAAUACACGAAGAUACUUACUGGUUUUGCGAAGAUAAAUUUGAGAAAAUAUAUCCUCUUUCCGAAUACGAAAAUAGCAUAGGGAAUAUUCAAAUAAAGAACGAAGAAUCCUUAUCCGAGACAACUUCAUCUGAUCAGGAACAAAAUCAGGAAAUAAACGAAGGAAGCCAGGAUAUAGUAGAUUUCGAUCAACAAUUAACAACGUUAUUGGAGGAAACAAGAGCCGAGAUAACUCCACAAGAUACUGAAGAAAGUGACCAGAUCGACUUGAAUAAUACUUCACUUGGAAGCUUAUCUAAAUAUCAGGAAAUUAAUAAUAAAAUAAAUCAAAAUAACGAAUUAAUUCGCGAGUUACAACAAAUAGGAAUAACAAUGAACGAAUGGGGAAAUCUUCUUAUCGACGACGAAGAAGAAGAUGAUGGUGCAGGAGUAACAAUACCAGAAAAUG